ACCAGGCUCCGGCCGCGGGCUCCAAGUGUAUCCCAGAGCAGGACUGGACUCUUGCUGGCCAGGGUCUGACAGGAAGGUCUGAGGCCAACUGGCCCCAGGAAACGGUGGGCAUCAGAAACCUCACAGGGCUAAAGUACGUAAGGCCUGGAGAGAAGCAUAGGAGGCAGGAAACCUGGGCCCUCCAUCUCCCCGAGCUGUACUCCCUCCUCUGACCUCUGAGAGUCCAGCAAGACAGGAACAUGGGCCAUGCACCAGGUCCACACAGCACUCUGGCCCCAGUUGGCACCACAGCUAUGACCGGGAUCAUCACCAGGAUCCACUGGCCCCGCUGGGCACUCGUUGCCAUCGCUCUGGCUGUGGGCAUUCUCACUGUCUCCUGUCUGCUCUGUGCCAUCUGUUGCUGUUGCCGCGGGCGCCGGCGCCACAGGAAGCAGCCCAAAGGCAAGGAGGCUGUGGGCCUGGGCAGCACCAGAAGCAGCAGCACCACCACCCACCUGGUGCAGCCAGAUGUGGAUAAUCUGGAGCCCAGCUCUGGGGGCCCUGGACAGUGGGGACGCCUGCUGCUCUUGCUGGAGUAUGACUUUGGAAGUCAGGAGAUCAAGGUGGGCGUGAAGCAGGCCAUGGACCUACGGGCAGAGGGCACGGCAGACCCAUAUGCCCGUGUCAGCAUCUCCACCCAAGCUGGGCACAGGCUUGAGACAAAGGUGCACCGCGGCACACUCUCCCCUGUGUUUGAAGAGACCUGCUGCUUCCCUGUCCCACAGGCAGAGCUGGCCAGAACAACCCUGCAUGUACGUCUGCUGGACUUCAAGCGCUUCUCAGAGCACGAGCCGCUGGGGGAGCUCUGCCUGCCGCUGGGCACUGUGGAUCCACAGCACGUUGUAGAGCGUUGGUACCAGCUGGGUCCACCUGGCACCACUGAGCCUGAGCCAACAGGGGAGCUGUGCUUUUCUCUCCGGUACGUGCCCAGCUCAGGCCGCCUGACUGUAGUUGUGCUGGAGGCCCGAGGCCUGAGUACAGAGUUGACAGACACCUACGUGAAAGUCCAGCUCAUGCUGAACCGGAGGAAGUGGAAGAAGAAGGCGACCUCUGUCAAGAAGGGCACAGUCAGCCCUUAUUUCAACGAGGCCUUCACCUUCCUGGUGCCCUUCAGCCAGAUCCAGAGUGUGGACCUGGUGCUAGCCGUCUGGGCCCGUGGUCUGCAGCUCCAGGCUGAGCCACUGGGCAAGGUGCUGCUAGGUCCCCGGGCUUCCGGCCAGCCUCUACAGCACUGGGCAGACAUGCUGGCCCAUGCCCGGCGGCCCAUCGCCCAGUGGCACCGCCUGCAGCCCGCUGGGGAGGUAGACCGUGUCCUGGCCCUGAAGCCCCGUCUGCAUCUGCCUGUGCCUCGCUCUUGAAAGCAUCACGGGCCUCGGUUUCCCCAGGCACAGCAUGGUUCUUGUUCAGAUUGCCCAGCAGAACCCUGUGUAAUAAAGGCUUUCUCACAUCCACCACGUG